UGGGCUUCUGUGAAUCGCCUGGUAAUAGACAAAUCCGCACGUUCAACACUCAGAAUUAGUGAGCUCGAAUCAUGAUGCCAGCUAAUUAUACAGUAGCAGGACCUGCGUUGUGAUCUAUCAAACCUGCUCACGAGAACCCGGUUUCAAGCCGACUCCAAGUGCCAUGGGCUAGGCUCGGGAUAUUGAUAUGCAUCUAAGACCGUCGUUGGGAACUAGGCGAGAUUGUGCAUAGAUUGGCUUGUAUUGGUCACUGGCCACAUCCAACCUCGUCAAGGACGGGUCCGUAGGUAUGCUUGGUGGCUGUCCUGGGGAUUCAAGUUCUAUAAAGCGUUGAGCUCCGGCAAGAAUUCUGUUCAUGUCUUGAGUCUCCCAAGGUUUUUAUUCAUCUGCCUGACUUGACUUUGACACUUCCAUUACACUAUGAAGGUCUUCGCAGUUCUUCUCAGCCUUGGCUUCGUCGGAGGAGCCAUUGCCGGCGAACAGUGCCCCGGCAGCUGGUAUCUCGAGCCGGAUGACUGCAUCUGCAUGAACAGCCGGGAGGGAUACUUGCUCAAGGACCAGACGUUGGGAUGCUGUAAGUGGAUGGGUUAUAAGACCUAUAACAACGUGAGUACUCCGUCGUCAGGUGAGCGCAGCAACUUGUGUUGACGUUUGCAUGCAGAUCUGCGCCGUCGACCGCGACAAGCGGCAGGCAUUCAAGGACUGCUGCAAGGGCUUGAAACAGGAGAGCGUCAUUGGUCAUUGUCGCUGAAUUUCUGAUAAUUAUUGUUGGGUGGACGAUCAAGCAAGAGAGCGGUCUGAAAGUCAAGGAGGAAAGGAUUCAGUACAUCGGAAGGCAAUGGACGCGAUCAAUUUCUUUCUUGACCAUCA